AUACCGAUCCCCUAUUUAAACAGGCUGAUGCAACGAACAGGCAUCUUAGAUCGAGUGGUGACCCAAACAAACACCCAUUUCGGAUUCCGGACCAGAAUCAGUGGCGGUGGCCGUACCUGACAUGAUGCCAGGACAGAUCCCUGAGCCCUCGCUGACGGCCGGCUCCCUGCCCAGCCUUGGCCCCCUGGCCGGCAUCUCCGCCACCACCCUCACCGACCAGCUCAAGUUCUCCGAGCUCUGCAGCCUGGGAGCCAUGCUCUCGCCCAUACACUUCCUGGCCCGGCACGGCAAGAGGUCGCUCGUCGUCAAGGAUGAGAUGGAGGAGGAGGAAGACAGGAGGAAACGAAGACGGGAGAAAAACAAAGUGGCGGCCGCGCGCUGUCGAAACAAGAAGAAGGAGAGGACGGACUUCCUUCAAAAAGAGUCGGAGCGUCUGGAGGUGGUGAACUCGGAGCUGAAGGCCCAGAUCGAGGAGCUGAAGGUGGAGCGGCAGCAGCUGAUGCACAUGCUCAACCUCCACCGGCCCACCUGCAUCGUGCGCACCGACAGCAUCAAGACGCCCGACAGCGAGGUGAACCCCCUGCUGGAGCAGCUGAAGGACAAGUGAAGCACAGCACGAGGCACGAGGAACCAACCUUAAAGGAGGAACCAACGCCUAAAGGAACCCCAAGUGAGCGCCUUAAGGAGAAGGGGACAACCAAAAAAACAAAAAGAGGAACACUAAACCAUCGAAUAGGACAAAAAUGGAGGGGGAACUUAUUUUUUGAUGUGUACAAAAAAUGAAGCCCCCAGAACUUCUCCUAUUUGUGCCCUGUACUGUCUGUAAGCCCCAUGGCUGCUGCUGCAGUCGCUGCAGAAGAACCGUUGUGUGUUUGUGUUUUUUAAAAACCUGGAGAAGCAGCUCAGGCUUGGGGAAUGACAGAGCCAAAAAGACGUGCACAACCAACCAGGAGAGGCAAGAGAACCCUCGCCCUCAUCCGUCUCCAUGGAUACUGUCUUUGGGUGAAUGUCGAGUGCCUCAGCGAUAUGCCUGUUGUCGUUGCUAUGGUAACAGAAGACCCUGCAGCAAGCAAGCAGUCCACCCCCCAAAAACUUUUUUUUUGUAGGGCAGAUAGCACAGUCUGUGGCUCUGGUGCUGGUAUGUAAGACCUAUGAGCUGGUUAUGUCAUUCUGUUUUUUUUAUUAUUUAAGGGUACAUACCAUUGUAGUAUCUUUUCAACCAGUCUGUGUCAAGCAAGAAGGUGGAGAUGAGAAGACAACUGUAGGAGACAUACAGUUAAUAUGCAUUAUUGACAGUUUUUAUAUAAAUAUAUAUGUAAGUUUGCCUUGGUAGUCUCCGGUAGACCAGAGUCAAAGAGGACGCAGGCGU